GUAAACAUAUAAGUUUGUGUGAUUAUUCUAUAAGCCGGAAAGGAUGGCACGGAGGCGGUGGGAAGCUUCGGAUAGUAUCAGCUCAGCUAAUUCUUCACCUGCGAUGUCUCCUUCGCAUCGCAGCGUAGGAGGGGGAAUCACAGGCAGAGGCACGCUCCGGAAGCAAAACGCAGCCGAGCUACUAGCUAAAGUCAUGGAGAAACGUGACUACGAUUAUGAUUACGACGACGACGACGAACACGAAGAUCUCUACCAGGUCCAACUUCCGCCUCUCUCUCGGGAUCGAAGACGAGAUGAUAAUCGAAUCGGCAAGGGAACCGUCAGAGGUAAACCGGCUCAGGCGGUUAGACCGGUCUUAAUCCCGCCUAAGUUUGACGAUGAAUCCGACGGUGAUGAACCGGUGAAGAUUCCUCCAAAGAAUGUGGCGGUUAAACCAAUCAGACUCCCGCUUAAAUUUGACGAUGAGAUCGACGGUGACGAAACUGCAGCCGAUUUUCCAGUGAGGAUUCCUGAAAAGAAUGUUAGUGGUCAGAAAGAAGCUCCGGCGGUGAAUCCGAUCGCACUAUCUCCGCCUAAGUUUGACGAUGAAGUUGAUGGAGACGAAGUGGUGGUGCAGGAUCAAGAGGAGAUUCCUCAAAAGAACGGUAGUGCUGCACUCAGGGUUAGAGUUCCGGCGUAUUCGCGUCGGAAUCCGAUUGAGGAUUCUGAGCUGAACGGAGAUAGGAAAGUCAAUGUUCAGUUUGACGUGCCGGCGAAACAAUCGGAGGCUCAGUUAAAGUAUAAGAAAAGUUUCAGGUUUAGCUCUGCAGACAAUUUAUCACAGGAGGAAGAUGAUCGAGAAGCUUCGGCCUUGCGUGAUGAAUUAGAUAUGCUUCAAGAAGAAAAUGAUAAUAUACUGCAUAAGCUCCAACGCGCUGAAGAAAGACGUGAAGCAGCAGAAGCAAGGGCUAAAGAGCUAGAGAAACAGAUUGCUUCUCUAGGUGAAGGUGCAAAUUUUGACGUCAAGCUCUUGAAGAGGAAAGAAGCAGCAUUGCGUCAAAGAGAGGCAGCAUUAAGGGCUGCUGAACAGAAGAGAGAUGGAAGAAGCAAGGAAACUGAUGCAUUUUGUGCAGAACUUCAGAGCUUAAAAGAUGAAGCAGAUAAGGCCGUGGAACAGCUCCAGGACGCUCAAGCUGAAACAAAGUCUCUUCGGACAAUGAUACAUAGAACGAUUUUGUCUCACGAAGAAAUGGAGGAAGUUGUUCUAAAGAGAUGCUGGCUUGCUCGUUACUGGGAACUAGCUGUUCAACACGGAAUUUAUAAGGAUAUAGCUCCAUCAAGACAUGAACAUUGGUCAGCUCUAGCUCCUCUUCCCUUUGAAGUUGUCAUUUCAGCGGCCCAGAAGCCUGAAGACUCCUGGCAGACAGAUGGUAGCGAUCGCACUUGGAGCAAAGUCGUUAGUAAAUUCAGUGAUGCAAAUGGAGACGGAAACAUAGAGAGUAUGCUUGCUGUUGAAGCGGGUUUGCGUGAGAUAGCAUCCUUGAAGGUCGAGGAUGCUAUAAUGCUUGCAUUUGCCGGGUUCAGACAAAGGCAUGUGGUCCGACAAUCCGACACUGAUCCCAGGGUGCAAGGGGAACCCAAGUUUGCCGAAGCAUUUGAGUUGAGUCACGAUGAGCAACAGGAUAUUCUCUUUAAAGAGGCAUGGCUGAUGUACUACUGGAAAAGAGCUAAAAUCCACGGAGUGGAAAGUGAUAUCGCAGAAGACCGUCUUAAGUUCUGGAUCAGCCGUAUCGGAGAACAGCCAACAUCACAUGAUGCAGUUGAUGUGGAACGAGGUAUGAGGGAGCUAAGGAAACUUGGAAUAGAACAACAACUGUGGGAAGCAUCUCGCGCACAACUCACUGACUCCACUUUUAUUCCUUCUCUUUCCGUUUCUGACUCUUGCGAUGAGUGAUGAGUGACGACCAGUUUUAGUCUCCUCUCUGCAAGUUAUGACACACACACACAUACACACAAAGGUUAUCGUCAUCAUUAACAUCUCAUCACUCUUCCAAAGUGUAUAUGCUUUGCUUUCAGACUUGUGCCUCUUGUUGGGCUUUAUGUUGUUACUUGUAUAACACUCUUCUUUUUCAUUCCUUAACCAAAAUCUAAUAAAAAUAUGGUUUGGUUCGGUUAAGAACAAG